UUGACAACAGUGGGAAUGGUUGUACAGCAUAUGAUGUAGCUGUCAGUUCAGAGUUUUUCAACAAAGUAAAGAAAAACAAGCUGUUCAUGGAGUUCUUCAUGACCAUUGUCUUGGAAGGACUGGAGAAUAAAUACAAUAUGGAGCUCUCUCGAGAUUGGAAGAUGCUGAAGAACAAGAAAUUCUUUGGUUCAGUCUCUGAGCAGAACAUCAGGACUAAGUCCAGACCCCUCAUCCAAGAGAUGGAUUCUUCUCCUACUUUGUCGUCCUCUUCAUCCAGGGAGAAGAUCGACAGCACACACAAAGCACUGAUAUCUGAAGUUGUCAGCAGGGAGAAUGAAAAGAAUGCAAAAACACAAAACCCCCUGAUAUCUGAAAUUCAGAGUUCUGCAGAGACACCAGAAUAUAUCAUAUUUUCGGAACCACCUGAUGGGAACCCCAGCUUUCUAGUGGCUGAAAUAUCCUUGCCCAAAGUGACAUCAGUGCGGUCCCUACUUCUGGAUUUGGGAGAAGAUCGAAUUGUGUUAUGGGCCCGACCUGAGCUGUAUCACCUUGAUAUCUACAUUCCAUUUGACAUUCUGCAGGAAGAAAGUGGAGCACAGUUCAACAGGAGUACUAAGGUUCUCACAGUGACAAUGCCUAUAAAGCCAAAAUAGAAGACGAAUAUGUUUUCUGUUGCAAAAAUGUAUUGCGAAAAAUAAAAGUUGUCUCUGAGUCUGUGUUUCGUAACUUGAGCCUGAAACAGCACUUGAAAUGUUGAGAACAGCUAAGAUUUGAUGCUGUCUCUUGACAGUGAACGUGAUGGUCUUGAAGGUUAUGGCUGUAUUAGCAACCUACAGCAUUUGCAAGCUCCAAACAUUACCUCAGCUGUUGUGUGCAAAAAUGUAAGAGAACUGUACACGAUGGCUAAAUCCAAAAGCCCUUUGCACUGCUGCAUGAAUUUUGGAAGCAAGUUUGAAACAUAGGGACAGUAUUCUAAGUUUUGCCUGAAGUUUUCACCACUACUGCACUUCCAGCUUCUUAUAAUUAAAGAGACGUUUAUAUGAAAAAUGUUCAAGAUAAAAUUUUUCAAUAAAAUAAUUUAUGUAUUAA